UGUCACUAAUUAUUAAUUAUGUAUUAUUACUUUGCAUUUGUUUAUCAGAUUUUAAUAUUCAAACGAUAUCAACAACACCAAUACCAUUUCAAUUUACAUCAUUCAAAAUAGAAACAUCCGAAUCAUCAAAAUUCAAAUCAUCAUCUUAUAAUAUAUCAAAUUCAAUAAUAAAAAUGUCUCAUCCUCCAAUUAAUUUACCAAAUAUAAUAAAUCGUUCAGAUUGGGGUGCUAGAGAACCAAAAUUAAUUGAACAUUUUAAUAGACCAGCACCAUAUGUUAUUAUACAUCAUUCAUAUAUACCGGGAGCAUGUGAAACUACAGAUGAUUGUAAAAAAGCAAUGAGAUCAAUGCAAGAUUUUCAUCAAAUUGAUAGAGGAUGGAAUGAUAUUGGUUAUAGUUUUGCUAUUGGCGGUGAUGGUAAUAUUUAUUAUGGUAGAGGUUUUAAUGUUGUUGGAGCUCAUGCACCAAAAUAUAAUAAUAAAAGUGUUGGAAUAUGCCUUAUUGGAGAUUGGCGAACUGAGUUACCAUCGGAAAAAAUGUUAAAAGCAGCACAAGCAAUAAUAAAAUAUGGAAUAGAAAAUGGUCAUGUUGAUCCAAAUUAUGAAUUAUAUGGACAUCGUCAAGUUCGAAACACUGAAUGUCCGGGUGAUCGUCUUUUUAAUGAAAUAUCAACAUGGUCACAUUUUAGUCCAAAUCCAACAGAAAUACGUAAAAAUGAAAUAAGAUGA